AUGAGCCGGACCACCUUCUUUGAGGUGGAAGUUCUUGAUGCCAAGACAAGGGAGCAGCUUUGUUUUCUAGACAAGGUGGAGCCCCACUCGACAGUAGGAGACAUAAAGAGCCUUUUUCACAAAUCAUAUCCUCACUGGUAUCCAGCAAGACAGGCCCUGAAGCUUGAUCCAAAAGGAAAAUCACUCAGAGAUGAUGAAAUCUUACAGAAUCUACCAGUGGGGACCACUGCCACCAUGUAUUUCAAAGAUCUUGGGCCACAAUUAGGAUGGACUAUGGUGUUUCUUGCAGAGUAUAUCGGGCCCCUUAUGAGCUACCUCCUCUUCUAUUUUCGAAUACCCUACAUUUACUCAAACAGAUAUGCACUUAGUUCCAGCCCCCACCCUGUUGUCACACUGGCCUGCGUCUGUCAUACCUUCCACUACACGAAGAGGCUGAUAGAGACAAUCUUUGUGCAUCGUUUCUCACAUGGGACCAUGCCUCUCAGGACUAUAGUCAAGAAUUGUGCCUAUUACUGGGGGUUUUCAGCAUGGUUGGCUUACUAUAUCAACCACCCUCUCUAUACGCCUCCAUCAUACGGAGAACUGCAAGUCAACUAUGCACUAAUUCUAUUUGUGAUGUGUGAAAUGGGCAACUUCUCCAUUCACUUGACUCUGAAUAAGCUCAGGGGAGAUGGACCCAAGGGUAGAAGAUUUCCUAUGCCAAAUAAGAACCCCUUCACCUGGCUUUUUUUCUUUGUAUCCUGCCCAAACUACACAUACGAGGUUGGAGCUUGGGUGAGCUUUUCUAUCAUGACCCAGUGUCUGCCAGAUGACCAUCUGGGCCAAAGGAAAGCACAGAGCCUACAUCAGGGAAUUCAAGGACUAUCCCAGUCUCCGAGUGGCUAUUAUCCCUCUGAUUCUUUGAUAAUGGUUAAGGCAUGAACCUCUGCGGCAUACAAAGAAACAAAGAAGUCUGCUGCUGCUGCUACUACUAUGCAAUUUUGUCUACAAAUGAAUGAGCUGAACUAGGAGGAAACAUAGCAAUAAUGUGACUGUUUAUGUGUUUAAGGCUUUAAAAAAAACAUGCCGGAAACCUUUUAAAGUCAGCAAUAA